UGCCUCCAGUAUUUUUCAUUCACUAUAUAAGUGAACGCUAGCGAGUUUUGUUUGGUUAUUAUUUACCCACAUCGAGAUUGAUUAUCCAUUUUACACUGCGACUAUAUGGAUGUGAUAUGUGUCUAUGAGGAGACUGCAGUGGCGUCAAUUCAGUGGAAGCUAAGCAGAUCUGUGGGUCGGUAAUGCACUGAGGCAGCAAUGGAAACCACAGACCAUCCUACUGAGGGUGACCCUCUGAAGAGAGAAGAAGAUGGUGCAGAAACCACAACAGCACCAUCACCAACAGAGCUGAAGAAGAAGAGUUGUAAGGAGGUCCUGGGUUUUUCCAGACUGACCCACUGGAGAACAGCAGUCUUCUUCCUGUCCCUGUUCCUCUGCCUCACAAUAGUGUUUGCCUUCUCCUUCGUCAUCCCCUGUCCUGUCAGACCACAGUAUCUUGUUACUUGGAAUAGGACAUUCUCUGAAGCAGGAACUUAUGACUUUCUAGCUAUUGAACAUGCAAGCGAGGACAAAGUGAUGGAUGUCCUGUUUGUCCUGAAAAACAGAGAAGGCACACAGAACAAAUCGUGCGCUGAUGCAGGUUUGCCUUCCCCAUGCGUGUUUGUGGUAGCGGUCGAUGGUACGGAUGGACAGACCCUGUGGGAGAGGCCGCUGGAUUCCAAUUUUCACUGGGCUCAGUGUGAUCUGGAUAAAAAGGAGGAAAGGGACUGGCACUGUCUGCUGUCUCAUUCUGAUAACCUCACAGCCAUUAACAAAUAUGGAGGUCAUGUCAUCUGGCAGCAGCCUCGGCCUACUGGUCUGCAGAGCACGUUGCCUGUUCUUAGUGUUCCAGAUCUUGAUGAGGACACGGUCAGGGAUGUGGUCCUGGUGGCAUCUGACAGCACUCAGACUCAGAUGGUAUUUCUCUCAGGAAAGACGGGUGCACAGAUUGGUUCCACUGUGGUUCUUGAUUUUAAGGGAACAUCCAGUCAUCUUCUGCAUUGCACUAAAGGGGGUUCUUACUACAUACUUCUACAAAAAGACACUGGCGUGUAUGGACUUGCACUGUGGAGGAUUGCUGCCAAGGCUAAAGAAGGGAUUGAUACGAACCUCAAGAAGGACAAACAACUGGAGAAGAACGCCAGUGCUGCAACUGGGAUUGUACCCAUCUACGAGUCCGAGGCAGUGAAGAUGCUCAGGACUAAAGAAACAGAUCAUUUAUCUGACCUGCUGGUUCUGAAUGGGAACGGGGUCGCGUUACUAGAUGGAAAAUAUUUAACGCUACGGUGGAGAUUCAAUACCAGCUCAAUCCUCAGAGAGCCCUCCUGUGGAUACUUUAACAAAGACGAGAUCCUGGAUGUUGUGAUUGAAGAGGAUGUAGGGAACUAUACAAAGAGGAUAAUAAUCCUGGAUGGGAAGUCUGGUGACGUGCUAUGGGAAGUUAAUCUUUUGGCCACGACAAACGCACCAAGACCCGUCUCGGUACACACCACCAACUUUUUCUCAGUCUUCAUGUUUUGGGGCUUGAUGCCCUCAGAGUACAACUCAUCUGAAUCAUUGAUUGGCAACCAACGCUCGUACAUGCUGCAUCCUCUCUAUUCCCAAGUUCUCCUCGAGUCCGCCAAUGUCGUGGACAACAUUAUCACAUUAAAAGCCACACUUAUGGAGCGUGGACGCCAUGCAGCCUACAUCCUGCUCACUGGUCCGGAGGAGGAGGGAACUGAGGGCACUGUGGUCCUAGUCAAACGCAAGCUGAAGCAGGAUGUCCCCUCCUGCAGAGUUCUCCGUAUUGGCCCUGGUGGUGGCACAGAGACCAAUGAGGACAUCAAAGAGGCCUUCAACCGACUCCGCUUCAGUGAUUAGUGGAAGAACCGUCGGUAACUUGCAGUAUAUCCUUGGUUUUGUAGACUAACCUGGAUUUUAAAACCAAAGCAUGUAGUCUUGCUAUUACUUUCUAACUGCUGACCACUAAAGAAGGUCCUUUCAUGCUUAGGGACUUGAGUUUUAUUCAUCUGACAGGCUUCCUCUAUUCAUUUUUACUGGACAAUAAGGGCAUUACCUGUCUUCAGACUUGACUUUAUAUCUCUUGCUCGAUGUUCAAUGAGCUGCUGUUUGCUGACAAUCACUCCACACAGAUUGUUUUCCUGCUGGGAAGAAGAAAAAAAUCAUAAAUCUGUUGAGUCUGUCUUGCUGUAUGAUUACGAGAACUUUCAUGCACCAUUGUAAUGCUCUUUGAAUUCCAGAAGCUGGAUUAUUUUUAAAAUCUAUGCAAUUGUGUCACUCUGUGCUUUAAAAGUAGCAGGCUUGAUGUAAGAGUUGCCUGUUGAAUUGUUACAGUGAAAUUGCUAGGUCAGAUUGGGGAAAGUGGUUUCAACUGUAUGCCAAAAAUAUGUAUUUUUAAACAUAAUGUAGCAGUCGAGUUAAGAAACACCUAUUUGUUCAUUUUGAAGGAGUAGGUGUGUCGAAACUUUGAACUGAAUGAAACUUGAAAUAUGGCUGAACCCCAAGAUGAAAAGAUAUAGACUAAAUUAUUAUUAUUUUUCUGAUGUGACCUAUUUGUCAAAGUAUAAAUGAGUCUUGUAGCCAAAUGUUAAUCCAAAAUGCUGUAAAUCGUGAACCCACUUCCCAGGACAUGGGUUAAAGUAGUCCUGGAUUAAAAACAAUAAACGAUGAAGAUUUGGGAAAAAGCAUUUAGUCCUGGACUAAGCUUAAUUCAUGUCUGGGAAAGUUGAGAUGCAAUGAUCUGUAAUUGCAUAAUGAUUACACACUCAUGCAGGGUCUCAAAGGUUCACUGUAACAAAUUAUUACUGUAGGUUUCAGAGCUCCUGGUGUAUAGUUUUCCCCUUAGAGUUUAUAUGAAUAAAAUUAAGGAAAUAGCAUUGUCUUAUUUUUGCUGAACUUUAAUAUAUUGAUCCUAUGGAGCAGGCCUUUAUUGGAGCUGACUUUUCUGGCUGAAUUGUAAUGAAAUGUUUGAAUUUAAAGAAUAAAAGAAAACUGUUAAUGA